UUAGAGGUAGGCACGUUUUCCUCCGGAGACAAGGAUCAGCUGUUGUAGUGAAAACAACAACAGAUUUGCUGCGAGCCUGAAUAAGAGGAGCCAUGGCUGGGAGGCUUUGGCGAGAAGCAGCAACCCUCAUUAUUGUCAGUCGCUCAUCUCAGCUCAAUGUCAAGAGACAUGGAUUUUCUGAUACAGAUUAUCAAUUGCUCCUUCUUAAACGUAAUCAGAAGAGCUCCUUCAUGCCAAGUGCUUUCGUUUUUCCUGGUGGUGUAAUUGAUUCAUCUGAUUUUUCCCAAGAUUGGCUGGAUGUAUUUAAAAGAUGUGGAUACACAGCUUCUGACCUUUUGAAAGAAUUCAGACAUCAAUCACCCCUUCCAGAGUUUUAUGCAAACAAGCCAGCUCACUGUAUCCUACCAGAGGUUGGGUUUAGGAUUGGAGCCAUUCGAGAAACGUUUGAAGAGAGUGGUAUAUUACUUGCAAGCCACCUACCUGGAAAUCCUUUCGAGCAACGUGAUUUGGAGCAGUGGCGCACAUCCGUUCACAGAGAUCCCACUCGGUUUAUUAAAUUAUUUCAAGAGUUGGGUGGGUGUCCAGCAGUGUGGGACCUCCAUGAAUGGAUGGGUUGGCUCACACCAACCCAUACAUUCGUACGCAGAUUUGACACGGCGUUCUACAUCACUUUUAUGGAUACCAUUACAAACGUUACCACUGAUGAUAAUGAAAUUGUGGGUCUUGAGGUGGCUUUCCCAUCAGCUAUUCUUGAACAGUGUUACAAUAAGACACUGUGGCUACCUCCACCACAGAUUUAUGAAUUGAGUCGCCUAGUUCAAGUUAAAGCAUAUGAAGAACUUAAAAGAUUUGCUGAACAACGUGGGAAACUAGGAUUUGAUCGGUAUAUGCCUGUGAUGAUUAUUACCAGCAAUGGUAGACUUUCUGUGUUGCCAGGUGACGAUUUGUAUCCAGAAGAACCAGACUACAUUGGGAAUGAAGCGAUACGUAAAAUAGAUUCGACUUUAGAAGAACUACGGGAAGCAUCUACACAUUUAAACCGAAUAGAAGUGCGGGGACCAAGUGAUUUUCUUUGCCUUGUGAAUAUUAUACCAAAGUAUGGACACAUCCCUGCUUUCAAUUAUUUACAGGUAUUUAACCAAGAAAAAUCAUAGCUGACGGAGCAUCCUUUGUGAGUGUAGUAAUAUAAUUACUGUAUAUCUGAAGCAUAUUAAAGUUAUUAUGGUGAUGAA